AUGGCGACCACGACCAAAGAUCUAGAGACUGCUGGCAAAUUGGGUGCAGCUCGCAUCGGCUCUUUCAGAUUCGGAGAACUGAGUCAACUUUCAUUUGAGGGAAGUGAUAUUUAUAGGUCUCGAGCAUUCAGACAGUCGCAAAUAAAUCGUCUAAUUCAUCGAUUUGAGCAUGAAAUCGACAAUCACAGCAGAGAUUUUCCCAUUGGCAACGCCUUGAAAGAUGCGCUUAGCAUGGACGACGAGAUGCCAUUGAGCAGGGCGAUUGCGACAGUCCCACAAAUGAUUGCGAUGCUCCUUGAUAAGACGGAACUGAUUGAGAACAUCGAAUCGACGGACGUGAGAAUGCCCUUGGUAGAAGGAGAGGGUCUGUCGUGGGUAAGAAGGUCGAUGGGCCAGACUUGA